AUGGCCGGGACCUCAUCCUACUCUUCCUCCCCCUGCGCUUCAUUUGGCUCCCUCGACGACGUCUCCGUCAAGCCCACGCGGGCCAUCAAGUUCCUCUGCAGCUACGGCGGCAAGAUCCUCCCACGUUACCCCGACGGCAAGCUCCGUUACGUAGGCGGCCACACGCGCCUCCUCGCGGUCGAUAGAUCCAUCUCUUUCUCAGAGCUGCAGGUGAAGCUGAGGGAGUUGUGCGGGUGGGGUGCGGUGAGCCUCCGGUGCCAGCUGCCGACGGAGGAUCUCGACGCCCUUAUCUCCGUCACCUCCGACGAGGACCUCGCCAACCUAGUCGAGGAGUACGAUAUCGCGAGCCGAGACCGGCCUUCCCCUCUAAAGAUCCGAGCCUUCCUUUUCCUCACCCCGCCAUCAUCGUCUUCCUCCUCCAAACCUUCCCCCAAAACUAGUCCUACCAUCCCUAUCUCCACAGGCCGGCCUCCGUUCAUCGCCACCGAGCGCUGCGUCCACUGGGUCUCCGUGCCGGCAAAGUUGUAUAGCCGGUACGGAAUGCCCGCCGCAUCGACCACCGUGGGGCAUACACGCUUCCACAGCCGCCACCACCAUGGCCAUGGCAGCCCGAGAGCAUGCAGCUAUCUCGUGCAUAACGGGAGCCACUUGCAAUAG